GCAGCCCAUAAAUAUCUGGGACCGGGACUGCUGCUGUCCCGCUUGCCGUGAGCGUGCUGCUGAGGGGCACUGCUCCUGCUCCUGCCCAGCAACAUGGUCGAUGCCUUUGUGAAGAGCAAAAUCCGAGAUGACAAAGUCACCCUUUUCAUAAAGGGAUCCUGCCCUUACUGCAGGAAUGCCGUGGCGUUGCUCCAGAAGUUUAACUUUCUGCCAGGACACCUGGAGGUGGUGGACAUCACCGGGAUGGAGGACGUGCAGGACUACUUCCAGCGAACGACAGGGCAGCGAACCGUCCCUCGCGUGUUCAUUGGGAGAACCUGCAUUGGAGGAUUUUCUGAUCUGCAGAAUUUGUAUCAGCAGCUCCCCGGCAUGCUACAGAAGAUGGGUGCCCUGCAGUAGCUGAAGGG